AUGGACCAUGUUCUCAAAUUUUUAAAUGAUGCUAGACAAGACUUACGAAGUUCAAUGGCAAAGGACGUGGUAGCUAUCAGAAAUGAGACUCUAAAAUUUAAUGGAGAGAAUUGCAUGAAAAAAUUAUCCAGUGGUAGUGAAGCAACUUUAUUUAAGGAUGUGUCCUCGGAUUUCCAGAAAAAAAUUACUCUUACCGAACAUGGUGCGGGGGAUAAUAAUGGAGGUUUCCAUUAUGGCAAUGAUGAAGCUUACAGAAAAAUGGCUGAGAUAGAAAAGGAUGAUCUCCUUCUGGACCAAUUAUUACAGUCAAGAAGAUCAUCUCUAGAUCAACAAAAAGCAACUCGACAGAGUUUCAUCCUUGUAGCAUCACUUCUUGACCGCAUACCCAAUCUUGCUGGCCUGGCACGUACAUGUGAGGUGUUUAAAGCAUCAGGGCUAACCCUUGCUGAUACAAACAUCAUAAAUGACAAACAGUUCCAACUAAUCAGCGUGACAGCUGAAAAGUGGGUGCCUAUCAUAGAAGUCCCAGUAGAUAGCAUAAAGACAUAUUUACAGAAGAAAAAGAGAGAAGGAUUUUCCAUCUUGGGUUUGGAACAAACUGCCAACAGUGUACCUCUUGAUCAGUAUGUCUUUCCCAAAAAAACGGUCCUAGUUCUCGGCCGAGAGAAAGAAGGUAUACCUGUGGAUAUAAUCCAUAUUUUGGAUGCUUGCGUCGAAAUUCCCCAAUUUGGGGUUGUGAGAUCUCUCAACGUUCAUGUCAGUGGCGCUAUUGCUCUCUGGGAAUAUACUCGACAACAGAGAUCUAAAUAG